ACAGGUGGGUUCAGCGUUGUUUCUGAUGGUAGCAAAUCUUUAGGAAGGUCCUCUGCCCUCAGUACAGAUGGGGGCAUGAACCAGCGCUGAACAUUUCUAUACAAAAACGCCUUUAAUUCACCGAAGUGCUCCGAGGAAAGGCAGGGACUUUUGGGAAGAGACUACACUUUCUGCCCCAUGAGUCAACGUUUACAGUCACUCCCACUCACUCAUUCAGCGCUGGUGGAUUUACAUGCCCUAAUUAGCCCCUGGGCCACUUGAAUCUUUAUUGGCUUAGCUUUGACCCUCCCCCUUGUUGUGGGCUGUUAACUCUGUGUUGCCGGGCAGACCGACGCUGUGGGGAAACAUGGAGCCCAUUUACGCUACAGGGAUGGCGGCUAAGCUGCGCAGUCAGUGGGACCGGGACGAAGGCUUGGGGCAGAACCACAAUGCCAUCAAGUUUCUGGGGCAGGACUAUGAGAUGCUGAAGGCGCGGUGCCUGCAGAGCAGGUCCCUGUUUGAGGACAGUUUGUUCCCGGCCUCUUCCUCCUCCCUGGGUUUUAAUGAGCUGGGGCCACGCUCCUCCAAGACACAAGGUGUACAGUGGAAGAGACCACCGGAGAUCUGCUCACGUCCCCAGUUCAUCGUGGAUGGAGCCACUCGUACAGAUAUCUGUCAGGGAGCUCUGGGUGACUGCUGGCUCCUGGCUGCUAUUGCCUCUCUGACUCUGAAUGAUAAUCUGCUGCACCGUGUGGUUCCACAUGGACAGAGCUUUGGCAGUGGAUAUGCUGGCAUCUUUCACUUUCAGUUCUGGCAGUUUGGAGAGUGGAUGGACGUGGUGAUUGAUGACAGAUUGCCGGUGAAGGAUGGGAAGCUGCUGUUUGUUCACUCUGCGGAGGGCGGGGAGUUCUGGAGCGCAUUGGUGGAGAAAGCCUAUGCCAAGCUAAAUGGCUGUUAUGAGGCUCUCUCAGGUGGCAGUACGUCAGAAGGUUUUGAGGACUUCACGGGUGGGGUGACGGAGAUGUAUGAGCUGAAGAAAGCACCAUCUGAUCUCUAUAACAUCAUCCAGAGGGCUGUGGACAGAGGAUCUCUGCUCGGCUGUUCUAUAGACAUUACAAGCAAGUUUGACAUGGAGGCCGUCACCUUCAAGAAACUCGUCAAAGGCCACGCCUACUCUGUGACAGCAGUUCACGAGGUGGUUUACAGAGGAACCCCUACCAAGCUGGUGCGGAUCAGAAACCCCUGGGGAGAGGUGGAAUGGACCGGAGCCUGGAGCGACAACUCUAGAGAGUGGGACAGCGUGGACUCAUCCUCCAGAGCCAGACUGCAGGUCCGCAGUGAAGACGGAGAGUUCUGGAUGUCCUUCAGGGACUUCCUGCAGGAGUUCAGUAGGCUGGAGAUCUGUAAUCUGACAGCUGAUGCUCUGGAGGCGGGUCAGGUGAAGAAGUGGAGCACAUGUCUUUAUAAUGGCGAGUGGAGGAGAGGCAGCACAGCUGGAGGAUGCAGGAACUUUCCAGCCACAUUCUGGCUCAACCCUCAGUUUAAAGUUAACCUGACGCAUCCUGAUAAAGCGGGCAGCUCAGACUGCAGCUUCCUGGUGGCCCUGAUGCAGAAAGACCGCAGAAAGAAACGCAAAGAGGGAAAGGAUAUGGAGACCAUCGGAUUCGCCAUUUACGAGGUUCCUGGACAGUACGUGGGUCAGUCUGGAGUGCACCUGAAGCGAGAUUUCUUCCUCACUAACGCGUCCAGCGCUCGAUCUGAGCUCUUCAUUAACCUGCGGGAGGUCAGCUCACGUUUCCGCCUGCCGGCCGGAGAGUACAUCAUCGUUCCCUCCACGUUCGAACCCCAGAAAGAGGCCGACUUCGUGCUCCGCGUCUUCUCUGAGAAACCUGCCAGCGCUGAAGAACUGGAUGAUGAUGUCACAGCAGAACUUCCUUCAGAGAAUCAGCUGGAUGAGAGUCAGAUUGAUGCUGGAUUUAAGAGUCUCUUCAGGCAGCUGGCUGGAUCGGAUAUGGAAAUCAGUGUUACAGAGCUCCAGACCAUUUUGAACAGAAUCAUCAGCAAACAUAAGGACUUGAAGACCGAUGGCUUUGGGCCUGAAGCUUGCCGCAGCAUGAUCAACCUUAUGGACACAGAUGGCAGCGGUAAACUGGGACUCACAGAGUUCCAUGUGCUGUGGGAGAAAAUCAAACGCUAUCUGACGGUGUUCAGACAGUUUGAUCUGGACAAAUCUGGAACUAUGAGCUCAUACGAGAUGCGCAUGGCCCUCGAAGCAGCAGGGUUUAAGCUGACCAAUCAUUUAUUCCAGCUGAUCAUUCUGCGCUACACAGAGGAAGACCUGACUGUGGACUUUGAUAACUUCGUCACUUGUCUAGUGCGCCUGGAGACCAUGUUUAAGACGUUUAAGACGUUAGACACAGACGCUGAUGGAUUCAUAUCCCUAAACUUCAACCAGUGGAUCACUUUAACCAUGUUUGCAUGAACAGACGGACAUACGGACGGAUGCCUGUACGCCUGCACUGAGACCCCACAGCCCUCACAGCCAGAAGUGCCUUUAUCUUUUUCUUCUUUUUGUUUAUGGUUUUAGAGUAUAUUUCUCGAGGUGAUGGGAUCAGUCAGAUUUUAGUCGUCUUUUUAUCUGCUUAUUUUCUGAGGUGUGCUGGUUUAGGGACUGAUCUAAACAUUUUAUGUUUUACAUUUUAAAUUGUAUUGGUUCGUGGAGAACCGAAGCCAAGUGAGGGCAUGCAAGCAUAAGCCAAAACCCACAUUCUGAUACGGCCAUGCCACAUUUUAACCCUCAGCGACUGCUGAUAUUAUUGACAGGUGCCAAACACUGUAGCUGGGUAUAUUUUCUUCAUUUAUAUGACAUUUCUGACCAGACCUGUGCCAAAAUACAUAACCAUACUUGUCCAGUUUGGAUAAUCGCUGCACUUGAGCUUUAUUUUACUGCCAGAUUUGAGACUGUUUACACUUUUAAUGCCAAAUGAUUCACUUUUUUUAGUCUUUAUCUACCAGUCAGUGCCAGCGCCUCAGACUGGGGUACAGUGAACAGUGUAGAUUAUUAAUCUGACCAGAUUCCCAGUAGUUACAGACUGAAAUCUACACAGACAGUGCCACUUUAUUUUAAGUACUGGGAUUUCUGAUGCAAUCAGUGGUUUACAUUGUAUUUUCUUUUUAUAUGAAUCAUAUCUACAAUCAGUUUCAUGCCUAAAAAUGGGUUUGGACAUUUUUAUUAUUUUAGUUAUCAGUAAUCAGAUCAUUCUUCAAUCAGAUUUCCUCUCUCAGCAGCUCUUCUUAAACGCUCAUUAUGCACAGUGUUGUAUGCAUAGAGAACAGCAUGCUGAAAGCACUUAGGGCAGGAUGUAUUGAAAGGCACUGAAAUGCAUGGUGUCAUCACACUGCUGCGCUCCAUACAGAAUGUUUUCUAAUCCACAUACAUUCCCCUUCAUUUCAGACUGAUUCACCAUGCUUGCUUUAGCCUGCCUAGUAUAAAGCAUACAUAAUAUUUCAAAAGUCCAAAUAAACUCAUGAUAACCUGUGGAUGCAGAGAUUAAAUAAAUCAGAGCAGGUGAUGUCACUGUAUGUUAUACUCUUGCCAAAUAGACUGUUUUUUUUAUUAUUAUUUUUAGAUAUGUAACCUUUUCAGAUCUGUCAGUACAGAUGCCUGCAAGGUAGCAUGCUCUCUAUGCCUUUAUUUACACAGUCUGAUCAGAAGGUACUUUCUGGAUUUUCUUUAAAAAGCAUAAUGCUGCAUAUUCUAUGUUUCUGUUUACAAUAAAUAAUUUUUUUUAAAAUA